UCUAAGAGAUGGAUCACAAACUGACCUGACACGGCUAAAACAUACAGUAUACAAGCAAACAGACAGUCAGUUUGAACGCAGAACGUCAGCGAAGAUGAAGGUUCGAGGUCUGCAGAUCUGGGGCUUGCUGUUGACGUUACUGGGCUGGAUUUUCGUGGCUUGCUCCAUGGCCAUGGAGGGCUGGAAGGUCACGUCUGUCGGAGGGCAGGCUGGGAGUUCUAUCAUCACGGUGGGCUGGUACUGGUCCAGUCUGUGGAGGGCAUGCUACACCGACUCCGCCGCCACAUCCAACUGCUACGACUUUCCUGUGCUUUGGGCUGUAGAAGAUUACCUCCAGAUUGUAAGAGCUCUGCUGAUGUCUGGCAUGGCUGUCGGAGUGCUGGGGUUCAUCCUGAGCUUUGCCGGAAUGGAGUGCACUUACAUUGGAGGCAAAGACAACGAGAAGAACCGAUCCAUGUUCACGGGAAGCUUCUGUCACGUCUUUAGUGGUUUGCUCUCUGCAUGUGGAUAUUCAGUAUACGCUCAUUACAUCUCUGCUGAGUUUUUCAACCCCAGAUUUGGCGGAUUGCAAUUUGACUUGGGAACUCCGUUGUUUCUCGGGUGGGCUGGAUGUGCUUUUCAGAUCACUGGUGGAUUUUUUUUCCUGGUUUCAGUGUGGAAGAUCAGGUCUCAGACAUACAGCAGGUCACUAACGUCUAUCGUUCCUGCAGUGGAGGGUAAAGCCUCACGCUACUCUCACACAAACCUUUCCAUAAUCUCUGAACUUUCCUCAAGAUCUGGCGUAUCAUCAAUAUCUGAGCUCUCCUCUCAGUCUGGGCCAUCAGCUGUGUCUCACAUUUCACCUGUGAACACACGUGUCUCCAGAACCCGGCGUCCUUCCAGAUCCAGACGCAAAUCAAGGAGCUCUGUCAAAACUGAGGUUCAUCGGCCGGUGCGAUCGUCCACGUCCUCAAGGUUAAGCAGAUCGGAUUUAAACAGAAGGAAAUUAUCCACUCCAUCCAGAACUACCACACAUUUCUUUGUCAGGAACUCGUACCUCUGAAACAGUUCAGUGUGGAUUACAGGAGACGUUGAAGUAGACAAACACAGUGUACUGGACUUCUGCAAUGACAUAUCUAUCACUUAAGGAGGCUCUUUGCAUUCAAAGCAUCUCUGGAAAUUAACUGAUGAAUGUUUUUGUAAAUGUUUGAGGUUAUGGGAUGUUCAGCAGAGAAACGUGACUAAUAGCUUUCCUGCUGUACAUUUACAUUGCAUUAUACAUUAGUUUCUCACUAUAUGCAAUCCCCUGGGAUCGAACCCAUGACCUUGGCAUUGCUAGUGCCAUGCUCUUACCACUGAGCCACAGGAAAAUAGCAACAAUAGAAACCAUCACAGAAAUUCUAAUAGUUUACCAUAACUCGAUUUUUUCUAUUAAACCAUUACAAAAUUUCUUUUUGUAGGGCUGUUUGGGCCUUUUUACAAUAAGAUUAAUCUGCUAAAUGUCCUAAAAAAGCAAUAGAAACCCAACAGAAAUUCUAAUGGUUUGCAUAAGAAUACCCUGACAACCCAAUACCUUUUUCCAUUAAAAACCUUUCAAAAUGUCCUUUUUGUAGUGUGUUUUGGCCAU